CGUACCCACACAGACGCCCUCUCCCCACUACUGCUGUGGUGCACCAAACCGAAUAGCACAACGCGGAGGCAACCACAUUCAAUAUUGAGUCCGUCGCUACUGGCCUCAUCUCCCUUUGAAGAUUGACGUUUUGCCCCUUUUACUCGCCAAACAUGACCAUGAUUCGCGGCUUGGUCGGCCUGUCCUUCAUCUGCACCGCAGCAGGCUUCGCCGGCCCCAUCUCCACACGAUCGCGUGCCACCGGGAGCAGCAGUAGCAGCACCUCGUUCAAGUCGUCGGCAAGACAGCAAGGACCACAGCUCAUGAAGGGGUGGCGUUCUUCCAGGCAGCGCACAACGACGUGCAUGACAGCACAGCAAGAGGGAGAUGCAUCGGAGGCGGCCCCAGCUGCGCCGGCGCCCAGGCUGAAGAGGGUGCGGAGGCGACGGAAGGACGGCGGGACUUCGGUAGCGGUAGCAGGAGAGGAUGAGGGGAAGGCGUCGACUUCUGUGGUUGAGGAGCAGGCACCACCGCCGGCAUCACCUCCUGUUGCUGCUGCAUCGCAGGUGGUCUCGCCGCCUCCGGCUGCGGUUGCCCCGCCGGCCGUUCCUGUUGCCGCAGAGCAGGUACAGCAGCAGCAGCGGGCUGCUGCUGUGGAGGAGGAGGCCCCUCGUUCCGUUGGAGGGACUAAGGGGACAAAGGUGCGCGUGGUGGACAGCUCCGACGACGACAUGUCCGAAAAGCUCGCGGGAGUCGCUUCCGCCGCCUCGGGGGCCGCGGGAGGCGCCGCCUCGGCCGUGGGCGGCGCCGCCAAGUCCGCGAUGGGCGCCGCGAUGUCGAUGCUGGGCCAAGGCGGCGCGCCCGCGGCCGACGAGUUCGACAUCGACAGCAUGCCGGCGCCGGGCGAGCGGGGCCAGGCGCGGCGGGCGGGGAAGCGGACGACCCCCGGCAAGACGGCGUCGGAGCUGGCGGACCUCGGCGCGGACAUCGAGCGCUUCCGCCGGGCGGAGAACCGGCAGCCGGAGACCGCGGGGGAGUCGAUCGCCUCGGGCGCCAAGGACAUCAUCUCCACCAUCAUCAGCAUCGACUUCUUCGUCGUGAUCGCCUUCAUGCUCUGGUUCAUCGCCGGGGUCGUGUCCUCCUAUGGCUUCAGCAACACCUUCCUGCUCGACCAGUUCAACGACAAGUGGACUCCGGUCGUGCAGCCGGCGCUCGGGGUGCUGAUGGGAGGCACCAUCGCGGGCGGGGUAGUGUCCAAGCUCGGUGGGUCGGGGAACGACGAGGACGACAACCGUCCAUAGUGAACGGGUCCCGCACCAGUUGGGGGAUGUGAUGGAAAGGGGUCGAGGAUUGGGAUCUCUUUUUUGCUCGACGUGGUUCGUUGGCCGAGAGGCAGUUUGAUGCAGAAAGUAGAACUUACAUGUUGUGCUGCAUGGCAGGGCUUCUUGUUGCUCGACGGAACCGCGGGACUUGGUUCGGAAGAACCAGAGGCAACCCUAGACUGUUACGGUAGGUUUCGUUUGGUCGGGCCCUAACCCACUGACUGUAAACGCACCUAUGCGUGAGGCGGAAUCGCUAUCUGACACCUGCAGGCCGGCGUAGGGGGGGUCUAUUUCGUAUUUCACAUCGAAGGAAGGCCAAAAAUGAAAUGGGUCUUUGCCGUUCUCCUAACAAAAAAUACUAAAUACUAGCUUUCCCAAAUAUUCCUUGGUUUGAUUGCAAGCUGGGCCACGUGGUCCGUUCGCCCCCGACAACAGUCCGUGUUUGCCCAGCGAGCUCGAGUUUUCAUGGCAGGGCGCUGAAAUUCCGCUGUACUGACUUGGUGUGCCGUGCGGCGGCUUUUGCAGUUGGUGAAGGUGGCAGCGGAUGGGUAUGGUUCUCCCAGCCUCUUGAAAAUGUAUCUUCGAAUAUGGCGACAUGUUACCUAGAAGCCAUCCGCCUCGGACAUUGUGGUUCGGCUGGGCUCAUGGUGGUGCAGCAGCCAUCGUUCAGCGCAAACGGCGCGGCUUCAUGCAUCGAACGAUAGGAAAUGAGCCUCGGCGACGUGCUCGUAGUCGCACAAAUCUACAUCGGGUGAG